CCAUCUUCGCAAGAAGAACCCCAGCCAGCAGAGCAAGUUAACAAAAACCGUUUUCGUGUGUGCCAAAAUCCCCAAACAAGUGACAACACAAAAUGAAGUGCUUUACGUCGAUCGCGCUGCUCGUGUGCCUGGCCGCCUGGACCCAUGCGGAACCCCCAGUGCCCCAGAACCAGUACCUGCCGCCCAACCAAUCGCCCCAGGCCCCGUCCAACAACUACCUGCCGCCCACUCAGGGCUUCCAGUCGCCAUCGAGCAACUAUCUGCCGCCCCAGCGGACUGGCGGCAAUGGCGGAGCGCCCAGCAACAGCUACGGAGCUCCCAUUGCUCCUCCUCAGGGUCAGUACGGUGCUCCGGCGCUGACGGGUGCCAUCUUCAAGGGCGGCAAUGGAAACGGCAACGGCGGAUAUGGCGGUGGCAACAACAACGGCUAUGGACAGCGCGAUGAGGAGCAGUACGGCCCGGCCAAGUACGAGUUCAAGUACGACGUGCAGGACUACGAGUCGGGCAAUGACUUCGGACACAUGGAGUCUCGCGAUGGUGAUCUCGCCGUGGGCCGCUACUACGUGCUCCUGCCCGAUGGCCGCAAGCAGAUCGUGGAGUACGAGGCCGAUCAGAACGGAUACCGUCCCACCAUCCGCUACGAGCAGGUGGGCAAUGGCAACGGAAACGGAAAUGGCAACGGACGCAAUGGCGGCGGCUAUGAUAGCAACGCGCAGCAGGGCAAGUUCAACGGCUAUUAAAAGGGGGCAGAGUGGUAUCCCGAUUUAGGUCGACCCGCAGCUAUACUCGUCUACUUCACGGGAUCGCUGGCCGAGUAUUAGGCGUCCACAAAGCCAGGGGGCCAGCGGUCGCAGUCAGUCUCUCUCUCUCUUCCUCUUUACUCUGCCUUACUUAAUCUCUCCCCCUAGUGGGACGGCCGCCAUUUUGCCAUAGACAGGCGCGUUCUUUCCGUUUUCGUUUCAUUACCGUUCGUUCCCCUAGCUGUCUCUAUGACCGGAACUCCUUGCCGUUUUGUUUUGUUUAAGCGCCUCUUCAUUUUGUGUUAGUCCACGCACACACACACACACAAAAACACACCCAAUCACACACAUUAAACACACACAAACAUGUGAC